AUGUCAACACGAACUUUGUCAAACUCUUGUCGAUAUCUACAUGCUGACUUGAUUGUGAAUAUCUUACCUUCUUGUUCUACUCGUUCAAUGACUUCGCAAGGAUCUCUCAGCGAGCUAUUAUCAAAACCACGUCAUUGGAGUAAGCUAACUGAUAAGGGACGAGAAGCAUUUCGUCGGAUUUACGGCUGGAUAUCGGACGCUGAAGCUGUGGAUCUUUUGUGCUCACUGAGUCCACGACGUGUUUGGCCAAGUGAAGUUCGAAUUGAACACCCGACACCGGAAUCCUUAUGGGAGGGCAGCAGUGGUCCGUUACCACCUGAGGAAUCAGAUGAGAACACAUUUAAGCGCGCUGCUAGCGCUCCUUCAAAUGCUGGUUCUACAACACGAAAUAGUCGCUGGCGUCAUGAUGAUAUUCCUAAAGAGAAAAUAAUGAGCAUUUUCCAGUCUGAGCUGGCUAAACUUAGAGAACAGGUAGGAGUUGGACUUUUUUUAAAGAAGUUUUCUAAAGUUUAUAAUUCUUAUGAAAGAUGUUAUUGUUCGUUUUUCAUGAGUCUACUCUCGAGCGGGCUAUACGCACGUAUGCGUGUCGGACUGUCACCGAUCAGGCAGGAUCAGUUUGAAAUGUUUGGACACAUUGAUACUGAAGACGUCGUCAGACAGAUAAAGGAAUUCUUAUCGAUGAAUUCAAUUUCACAGCGUCAAUUUGGAGAACAUGUUCUUGGCUUGAGUCAGGGUUCUGUAUCGGAUCUACUGGCUCGCCCAAAACGGUGGAACAUGCUGACACAAAAAGGACGAGAACCGUUCAUUCGAAUGAAACUGUUCAUGCGUGAAGUAUCGCAAACAGCAAAUAGGGCUCGAUCGGAGACCACCGUCGAGAAGCGGAAGGACGAGCAGAUUCCAGGUAAUGAUUGCAAAGUAGUUAUAAUUUUUCUUUUUGGUGAAGCUGUAUUGGGAAUUUCUGCUGGAGGGUGCUCAGAAUUAUUUUUACGUCCGCGAAGAUGGUCAACGUUGUCUGUCCGAGGUAGAGAACCAUUUGAAAAAAUGAAGUCCUGGUUGGCUGAUAAAGAUGCUAUUCAGAGACUUUUGAUGAGAGAAAGGCGCACCGUCAUAACGGAACAACAAAAAGAAGCGCUACGAUUUGUUUUCCAACAUGAACACCAUCCCAAUAUUUAUCUCCAGCUUUCGCUCAAGUUAAACCUGAAUAUUCGGACUGUAAACAACUGGUUUCAUAACCAUCGUACGCGACAGAAAGCAAGUUUGAAAGAAGGAAGAGUGUAUCCACCCGCUGUGGGGAACAUUCCGGAGAGCAAAAAUUGGCAACAGGUACUACUUUUGCUAUCUGAACCACAACAAGCGGAUUCGUUGAUGUAUACGAACGAUGACCACACUAACAACAGUGUCUCUUCCACAUCACCCACAACAUCGUCCACAGCGUCGCCUUUGUUUUCCCAGCUGGAUCGUGCAGUUGCAAAAAUGCGAUUGUUAGCGGCUUCAAAGAGCUCGUGA